UCCGGUCUCUGGUCUGGGCCCGGGCUUCGUGGAGAGAGUUGCGCGAUGCCGACCGGAGACUUUGAUUCGAAGCCCAGCUGGGCCGACCAGGUGGAGGAGGAGGGAGAGGAUGACAAAUGUGUCACCAGUGAACUGCUGAAGGGAAUCCCUCUGGCUCCUGGCGAUGCCAGCCCAGAGCCUGAGCUAGUUCCGGGAGCUCCACUGCCACCUCCCAAGGAAGUCAUCAACGGGAACAUCAAGACGGUCACCGAGUACAAGAUCGAUGAGGAUGGCAAGAAGUUCAAGAUUGUCCGCACCUUCAGGAUCGAGACUCGGAAGGCGUCCAAAGCUGUUGCAAGGAGAAAGAACUGGAAGAAGUUUGGAAACUCUGAGUUCGACCCCCCAGGGCCCAACGUGGCCACCACCACGGUCAGCGACGAUGUCUCCAUGACCUUCAUCACCAGUAAAGAGGAUCUCAACUGCCAAGAGGACGAGGACCCGAUGAACAAGCUAAAGGGCCAGAAGAUCGUGUCUUGCCGCAUCUGCAAGGGUGACCACUGGACCACCCGCUGCCCCUACAAGGACACCCUGGGGCCUAUGCAGAAGGAGCUGGCAGAGCAGCUGGGCCUGUCUACCGGAGAGAAGGAGAAGCUUCCUGGAGAGCUGGAGCCCGUGCAGGCUGCCCAGAGCAAGACCGGGAAGUAUGUGCCGCCGAGCCUGCGGGACGGAGCCAGCCGCCGUGGGGAGUCCAUGCAGCCCAACCGCAGAGCCGACGACAAUGCCACCAUCCGAGUCACCAACUUGUCGGAGGAUACGCGUGAGACGGAUCUGCAGGAGCUCUUCCGGCCCUUCGGCUCCAUCUCCCGCAUCUACCUGGCGAAGGACAAGACCACCGGCCAAUCCAAGGGGUUCGCCUUCAUCAGCUUCCACCGCCGUGAGGAUGCUGCGCGGGCCAUUGCUGGGGUGUCCGGCUUUGGCUACGACCACCUCAUCCUCAACGUGGAGUGGGCCAAGCCUUCCACCAACUAAGCCGACUGCUGCCGUCCGUGCCGUGGGGCUCCCGGCCCGAGAGAAGCUGCAGGUGGAGAGCGGGACCUCGAGAGCAAUAAAAGUUCCGAUCACCC